UUGAAUAUUAUGACACAAUGUCAUCUUCCCAUUCAGCAAAUCGACCUUUAAUCAUGAGUUACGAAGAAUUGAUAACUUGUCCCAUAUGUCUGGAAUAUUUUACGAAACCUCGCUACCUCCCUUGUCUACAUACAUACUGUGAAGACUGCCUUUCGGAUUACAUUUCCACAGCCUACAAACAGGAUGAGGAAGGAUUUUCAUGUCCAACGUGUCGUCUGUUCAAUCGUAUUCCGAUUAAUGAAAAUAAAUCCCCAAAACUGGCGGCAGCGGGUUUUCCGGUUAACCAUUUAAUUAUGACACUGCUUGAUCAAAAGAACAUAGAGCAGAAAGAAGUUGUUUGCCAAUCUUGCUUUAAAAGAGGUCAGGAUGCACCUGGGAAAUUUUGGUGCUAUUCAUGCAGUGCUGCCCUUUGCGAGAUAUGUGGGGACUUCCAUAGAUCCUUGCCUAUUCUUGCCGAUCACAGAAUUGCUCCCAUUGAUGAUUCUGAAGACACCCCUUCCGUUGUGUCCAGCGCCCAUGAUGUUUGUGAAGUCCAUCCCGGAAAGAAACUUGAAAUGUUCUGUCAAGAUCAUGACGUCCCUUGUUGCGUCACCUGCACCAUGGUGAACCAUAGAAAAUGUGAAACCGUUCUUACACUUCAGGAUGCUGCAAAGGGUUCAAAGGAUACGAAAGAGAGCGAUAAGAUUGCCAGUACCAUAAAGGUGCUAAUUGAAGAUAUUGACAGUAAAAUUAAUAUGUUUACAAAAGACUACGAAACACUUGAAAAAGCCAGUGAAUGUCGCAGAAAGGAAAUACAGAAAUUUAGUGACAAAGUAAUAAAACAUGUUGAAACAUUGAACACAGAGUUCGACAGAAAACUAAUAACAGAACGAGCUACACAAAUGAAUGAAAUUCAGGAGCGUAAGCGAGAUCUUCUUAACAUGCAAAAUAUGCUAGCUAACUGUGAACGUGUUCUUCAAGCUGCUGAAAAUAAGUGUUCAAAGGUACAGUUGUUAACACUUAUACCAAAGCUAUCAAAACUUCGAGAUGAAAGCAGAAGCAAGCUGGAAGAUAUGAAAAAGAAACCUACCAAACUGCAUACGGAAAUCAUCAUUGAUGAAACCAUUAAAGCAUGUACAAAUAUUGCCUCUCUGGGGGAACUGAAACAAAUCUAGAAUUUUGUAAAUGUUUCCAUUUCGGCAAAACUCUUUCGAUAACAAUUUGAAAGAAAUCCAUUAGUGAAGAAAAACAUGUGCAAGUAUUUGUAACUACAAAACUACACCCAAGUACACCGAUGUAAUAUAGGUUUUCUUAUUACAGAUGUUUUCUUGUCUUUCAAAUACUAUCAUCAUGUAGAUAAGUGUUGAAAAUGGCAUGUCCGAAGGUAUACAUACAUGUAACAGGCUGAUUUUUACUUUGAUCAUUAAUAAAUACAUAGAUAUAACAA